CUCCGUUCAUUACCACUGACACUUCGCCGCCGGCCACCGCGCGUGGUGUGGCUACAGAUUACAAGUUCCCUACCGUCCCUACCGUCGUACAUUGCCGACACCUCCACGCGUUCACAUUAGAUGUGUGUGUGAGUGUGCCGCCAUGAUGUGGGUAGUAGUGUGCCUGGCCGUAUGCCUGGCGGCAGCACACGGCUGCGAGCUGCAACCCGCUGAUGCUGCACCCAAGUCGCCCGGUGACAACUUCUACCGGCUGAUUGUGAACGGAGACGUCGAGAGAUACGCACCCGGACAGAGAUAUAUUGUUACUCUAGUAGGCUCGCGCACGCACGACGUAGUGCAACAGUUCACGAAGUUCCGUCUAGUAGCGGACCCGCUGGACCCGGCGGUGGUGCGCUCGCCCAGCAAGCAGGGGCAGUUCCAGCUGUUCGCAGACACCCUCAGCAAGUUCGACGAGGAGUGUGUCAACUCGGUAGUCGAAGCCGAUGACCUGCCCAAGACGGAGGUGCAGGUCAUGUGGAAGGCUCCCGCUUCAGGUUCCGGAUGUGUGCUUUUGAAGGCGAUGGUGUACGAGAACGCGAGCCGUUGGUUCGCGGAGGACGGGCAGCUGACGAAGCGCGUGUGCGAGGACACGUCGCUCUACGCCUCCGACUGCUGCGCGUGCGACCAUGCCAAGUACAAGAUGGUAUUCGAGGGCCUGUGGUCUGCACAAACCCACCCGAAGGAUUUCCCCGUGGAGACAGCCUGGCUCACGCACUUUUCGGACGUAAUCGGUGCCACGCAUCCCAAGAAUUUCUCCUUUUGGGGCGAGGGCCAAAUCGCUACCGAUGGGUUUAGAUCGUUGGCUGAGUGGGGCUCUGUAGACCUCCAGGAGCGCGAGCUGCGGCAGAAGGGCUCCCUGCUGCGCUCGAUUGUGAAGGCGCAGGGGCUGUGGUACCCGCGCGUCAACACCAACACCACGGCCACCUUCAGUGUGGACCGCAAGCGGCAUCUGCUAUCGCUCGCCUCUAUGUUUGGUCCGUCCCCUGACUGGGUGGUGGGUGUGAGCGGGCUGGACCUGUGCCAGAAGGAUUGCACCUGGGUUGAAAGCAAGGUCAUCGACCUGUUGCCGUACGACGCCGGCACUGACAACGGCAUCACUUACAUGUCGCCGAACUCGGAGACAAUUCCUCGCGAGAAGAUGUACCGUAUCACCACCAUGUAUCCCGAAGAUCCCCGGGCGCCGUUCUACAAUCCGCAAGCGGACCAAAUCCCGCCACUAGCGAGGCUGUACCUUACGCGAGAGAAGCUCAUCCCGCACUCCUGCGACGAGCAGAUGCUGCAGUCGCUCAUUGUGGAGGAGACGGAGAAUACGGAGGCUGUCAACCGACCGGAGUGCAGCGUGAGCGCGUGGGGCCCGUGGUCGGAGUGCUCGGUGAGCUGCGGCAAGGGGCUGCGCAUGCGCAGCCGCCAGUACACCGCGCCGCAGCGCGCCCAGCAGGCCGGCUGCGCGCGCCAGCUCGUCUCCAAGGAGAUGUGCGUCGCGCCCGUGCCCGAGUGCAGCGAGGACAAUGAACCGGAGCAAGACAACGAGUCCGUGCCGGCCAUAGAAAGUGUGGGCGGCAUCUGCAAGACCACGGAGUGGGGACCAUGGAGCGAGUGCUCGGUCACGUGUGGCGUCGGCAUCAGCACCAGGCGCAGACAGUUCCUCAACCACAUGGGGCUCAAGAAGUGCCCUCUGGUGCCCGUCGAGGAGAACCGCAAGUGCAUGGAGCCAGCGUGCCCCGAGCAGGAGGCGGAGGCGGAGGCGGCGGACCCCGCGUGCCCGACGUCCCCGUGGGCGGCGUGGUCGCCGUGCUCGGCGUCGUGCGGGCGCGGCGUGCGGUUCCGCACGCGGCUGCUGCUGGUGCCGGCCGCGCAGCAGCUCGCCUGCUCGGCGCGCGUCGAGCUGCUGCAGCAGCGGCCCUGCUCCGAGCGGGACGACUGCCACCUCGACAUGCCCACCGCCAAGCGCAUCUGCAUGGAGGAGCCGUCGCAGGGCCCGUGCCGCGGCAUGUACCAGCGGUGGGCGUUCGCGGCCGCCAAGGGCAUGUGCGUGCCCUUCAACUACGGCGGCUGCCGCGGCAACCGGAACAACUUUCUCACGCAGGAAGAGUGCCUCGCCACGUGCAGCGUCAUACUGGGUGGUGGGGCGGCAGGCAGUGCGCCGCCACCCACUUCAGCGGGGGCCCUGAAUGCGGCGAUCAGCUCCAACUACCCUGGCCUCAGCAUCAGCUCCAUCGUGCCGUUGCCGCCCAUAGUUAACGGUCCAACGCUGUCGAACCCUAACGAUUGCCAGGUGAGCCCGUGGAGCGGCUGGAGCCGCUGCAGCGUCUCCUGCGGCGUCGGCUACCAGGAGCAGGCGCGCACGCUCAUUUCACCGGCGGGGCCGGGCGGCGCGGCGUGUCCCACGCGGAUGCACAGGCGUCGCCGGUGCAUGCGACACUGCUGACCGCACUCUACGCCCGCCCAGUCCACUAGUGUUUCGAGCAGCAUUUCGAAACAUCGAGCCUUAAGGAAUGAUCGCCAGGUGAAGACAAAAAUAUCGUGGAGUUCUUGAAAAUUUGCUUUCGUCUGCGACUAACCGUAUGAAUUGUAUCAAAUAGUAGUCGGAACGCAUUACAAAUGUAAUUUUAAUGAUGAAUUUAUUCAAUAGUACAUUACAUUAAUAGAUUUUUUAUAUCGUCUAAGAAUUUUUAAGUACUAGUUAACCCUUCAUUGCAUAAUGAUGGAAAUUUCCAUCAUGACAUUGAAAGUCCAAAAAUUAUAUAAAGCAACAAGUUUACUUAAAGUUGAUCGUGUCUGGAUACCUUUUUAAUGUCCAUCGCAGAAAAAAAAAACAUAGCUGUCAAAUUUAUUUCUUUAACCAUUUUUCCUUGAAUUUUGAACAUAAAUUAUAUCACCUUGAUUUAUUUCACCAAUAAAAAAAAAUAUGCAAAGAAGGGUUAAAAUAAGUGAUAAUUUUAAGAACAAGCUCAUUUGUGGCUCGUUCAAUUUAUCAAAUAGGUUUAAAAAUAUUCCUUACACGCCACGUAGAAGUAGCGUGUAAAGUAAUAUUUAGACAUGUCGUGAUUAUGUUAACUUUAAUGAAUUUUGACACUUAGUAGAACAUUGAAUUUAUUCUGAAUAUAUAAUAAAACCAUAUGAGUUUAUAUAAUUGUAUGUUUCUAGUAUAAUUUAGACAUUCCAUCUUGAUUACUUUAACGCAAUGCCAAAGAUAAAUAAAAUUAUUGUAAUUUGUCAAUAAAGUAGCCUCGUAGACGUUACCUACAAGGAGACGUGUCCGAUAUAUACAACUUAAUGAUGACAAACUAUUUUGUAGCAUGUUUUGUUAUUGUAAUAAAAAAAAAUAAACUGCUC